AUGCAUUAUGAAAUCAUAUUUUCUUUAUCAACUCAGCUCCACGGAAUAUCUCCUCCAUUGAUGUACAUGUCUAAGACAAGUGCUCAGGUCAACUGGACUGCUGUGCCUCAGAGCCAAUGUAGCGGCAUUGUCAUCAACUACACCGUGUUCUACAAAACAGAAACACAACCAGAGCUGAGUGUCUCCUGAAAUGUUGUUUAAACGUUGUUAUAACGGCAUGUCAACUGUACUGAGGGUAAUUUGUUGUUGUUUUUCUCCCCUCUUAAAUGUGACAGUGAAUAGCAGGAAACAGGAAGUGACUUUGGAGCCUCUCUAACCAGGCACCAGAUCCAGUGUCCAUGUCAUGGCCAACGCUGUUACUGGGGCAAACAAUAGCAGCGUCACUCGCUUCACAAUGAGCAGAUACGGUAAGGUCAUGUCUGUUAGCUCCACUGACCUCUAGUAAGUCAUGGUAACACAAAUUGACACGUAUUCAUUAUAUGUAUCCACUUUGAAGCACAGGGUUGUAGUAACACAUAUUCUAACCAUAGAAUUACAAUACUAGAACAGACAUUCGAAUUCAAGUCAACGUUCAGUGCUGGGUGGACCUGCGGCCACAUUGACUGCACUCGUUUGUACCAGUCAAAUUUGAAUGGACUGAGGGGCUUUGUCCAUUCUAGUGGUUCUAUGGUUUCUCUAACACAACUCUCUAACAAAGCAUGUUUCUCCAUGUAUACACUACUGUUCAAUUGUCCAAAAACAGGUGUAGUAACAAUGGGAGAGAAUGGUAUGUUCUAAUAAUGUCUCAAAUCCAGUUUUUCCCCUCAGGCAGGACCUUCAUCAUAAUGCUUCAGUGGUCUCAGCAUCAUCCAAAUCAAAUCAAAUCCAAAUCAAUUUUUAUUUGUCACAUGCGCCGAAUACAACCUUACCGUGAAAUGCUUACUUACAAGCCCUUAACCAACAAUGAAGUUUUAAGAAAAAUAAGUCUUAAGUAAAAAAUAGAUAAGUAAAAAACAAAUAAUUAAAGAGCAGCAGUAAAAUAACAGUAGCGAGGCUACAUACAAGGGGUACCGGUACAGAGUCAAUGUGCAGGGGCACAGGUUAGUCGAGGUAAUUGAGGUAAUAUGUACAUGUAGGUUAAAGUGUAGAGUUAAAGUGACUAUGCAUAGAUAAUAAACAGAGAGUGGCAGCAGCGUAAAAGAGGGGGGUGGGGGGGGGGGACAAUGCAAAUAGUCCGGAUAGCCAUUUGAUUAGCUGUUCAGGAUUCUUAUGGCUUGGGGGUAGAAGCUGUUAAGAAGCCUUUUGGACCUAGACUUGGUACCGCUUGCCGUGCGGUAGAAGAGAGAACAGUCUAUGACUAGGGUGGCUGGAGUCUUUGACAAUUUUAAGGGCCUUCCUCUGACAUUGCCUGGUAUAGAGGUCCUGGAAGCUUGGCCCCAGUGAUGUACUGGGCCGUACGCACUACCCUCUGUAGUGCCUUGCGGUCGGAGGCCGAGCAGUUGCAAUACCAGGCAGUGAUGCAAUUUGUCAGGAUGCUCUCGAUGGUGCAGCUGUAGAACCUUUUGAGGAUCUGAGGACCAAUGCCAAAUCUUUUCAGUCUCCUGAGUGGGAAUAGGCUUUGUCGUGCCCUCUUCAUGACUGUCUUGGUGUGUUUGGACCAUGAUAGUUUGUUGGUGAUGUGGACACCAAGGAACUUGAAGCUCUCAACCUGCUCCACUACAGCCCCAUCGAUGAGAAUGGGGGCGUGCUCAGUCCUCCUUUUCUUGUUGUCCACAAUCAUCUCCUUUGUCUUGAUCACGUUGAGGGAGAGGUUGUCAUCCUGGCACCACAUGGCCAGGUCUCUGACCUCCUACCUAUAGGCUGUCUCAUCCUUGUCGGUGAUCAGCCCUACCACUGUUGUGUCGUCAGCAAACUUAAUGAUGGGGUUGGAGUUGUGCCUGGCCAUGCAGUCAUGGAUGAACAGGGAGUACAGGAGGGGACUGAGCACGCACCCCUGAGGGGCCCCCGUGUUGAGGAUCAGCGUGGCAGAUGUGUUGUUACCUACCCUUACCACCUGGGGGCGGCCUGUCAGAAAGUCCAGUAUCCAGUUGCAGAGGGACGUGUUUAGUCCCAGGGUCCUUAGCUUAGUGAUGAGCACUGAGGGCACUAUGGUGUUGAACACUGAGCUGUAGUCAAUGAAUAGCAUUCUCACGUAGGUGUUCCUUUUGUCCAGGUGUGAAAGGGCAGUGUGGAGUGCAAUAGAGAUUGCAUUAUCUGUGGAUCUGUUGGGGUGGUAUGCAAAUUGGAGUGGGUGUAGGGUUUCUGGGAUAAUGGUGUUGAUGUGAGCCAUGACCAGCCUUUUAAAGCACUUCAUGGCUACAGACGUGAGUGCUACGGGUCUGUAGUCAUUUAGGCAGGUUACCUUAGUGUUCUUGGGCACAGGGACUAUGGUGGUCUGCUUGAAACAUGUUGGUAUUGCAGACUCAGUCAGGGACAGGUUGAAAAUGUCAGUGAAGACACUUGCAAGUUGGUCAGCGCAUGCUCGGAGUGCACGUCCUGGUAAUCUGUCUGGCCCUGCGGCCUUGUGAAUGUUAACCUGUUUAUCCUAUUCAUUUGACUCUUUUGUGUCAUUCAGUAAGUUCCGCCAUAGAUCUUGGGAAUGUUUUAAAGCUGCAAAUAUUGUUCCCAUACGUCCAACCAGUAAACAUUAAACACUCAAUUAUGUCAGUCAAGUCAAAUAAUUAUGUCACACUUAAUCUUAACAACACAGAAUCAAAAUUGUGCGUUAAAGGCCAGCUACUCGAUUAGGUUCUGGGGGGGAGAGGUUUGAGAUCUGAAAGUAGGGCGACUGGCGGAACCAGGGCGGAUCCUAUUUGGUAACUUAACCCCCCUCUCUCUGCAAGUCUAUGGGCCUAAUGUCCCCCCCAGGUGUCUUUUAUACAGGCAACGAGCUGAGAUUAAGAGCACACUCUUAAAGGGAAUGCUCCUAAUCCCCCCUUUUUCAAAAGUACCAGGUGUAGGUGCAUCCUCCAAAAAUUGUGAUUCGUCCAAAUAACCAGUGACGAAAAACCAGCGCACCAGAAUAAUUGUUCCUUGUUAUUGGUCGCAUGUUACAGUCCUGGGAAAGACAUUACCAUUUAUGUUUGUCUGUCCACAGGAGAUUAUGUCACACUUAAUCUAUCGUGGACAGCCUACAUAACAUAAAUGUUAUUGUAAAGUAUUUUUAAAAAACUGGUGGUUUGUGACAAACUGGGGGUUUGUGGGGGUAGUUUCCGUUAAGGGGGGUGGAGACUUCGUUAGUAUCUUUUCUCACACAUCUCCCCCCUAAACCUAAUCGAGCAUCUGACACAAUUACAAAAGAUUUUAGUUCUGGGUUUCCAAGAUUGUCACACUAUACUAGAUUUGAUGUUCUUUGACAGGGCUUGCUGUGUAAUGUUUAACUGAUUCCUAGGUGGAAGAUGGUGCCCAACCCUGGUCUCAGCUCCCUGGCCUUCUGGUCUUCUCAUCGUUAUUAUAAGGUUAACAUGAUAAUGGUUGUGAUAAUGAUAAUCAUCAUAAUGCUAUUAUAAUCAUCAUGAUAACAACAUGAUAAUCAUUGUGUAUAUUGUGUCCUUUCAUCCUUUAAACUCAUUCCAUUAAGGCCUAUCCUAUGCACAGGGUAACAAGUCCAAUUCAUAAAAUUGUCUGAAGGAAAUUAAUAUCUUGAUUUUUGUUUCUUUACAUUUCAAAAAAUCUAAACUUUUAGAGCAUUAUCUUUGGAUCAGAAUGUAUAGUAGCUAAUAUAGUAGCUAUAACCAGUCAUUAAUCUCCAUGUUGGCUCAACAUCGCUACAGUUUCUCUCAUCUCCACAGAUCCAGCCCUUUAACAACGCGCCCGAAUGAGAGACCUUCUGUGAGAGGAUCUACCCCUGUGAGGUGGACACCAUAACGGACGACAUGGGGCCAACCUCUACAGAGGAUGAGGACAUACAGGACAAUGAGCCAGGCAGUGAUCAGACAAAGCUUUGGCUUCGGUAGCAAGACCUCUUGUGACAGCCAACCCAGAGAGGAGAGCAGUAACCUGGGCCUGGCCCCAACCAACUUCCCUUUACUGGUUCAACAAGAUGAAGGAGUCAAUCUUGUGGAGUGAAUCACCUCUGAGGACUCAUCACUCAUCAGACCUCCAGCUCCCCGAGAGCUAUCUGAUCAACCCCUACAGGCUGCAGAAUCCAGUGGAAUGCCCUGUGAGAUAG